AUGGCCGUUCGAACGGUAAGGGACGUAGUGGUAUGGGACGAGGGAGGUCUGCGGGCAACCCACGCACCACGUCCGAGCAGUAAUGAGUUGAAAGCGGAUACUUGUAGCGCACUCAGAGCGCGCGUGUCCGGUUACCCGCCUAAUGUUGCCCGGAUAAACAAUGACGUCCAGCCUUUUAGCGACAUUUGUGAACCCACUCAACACCAGACUUCUUUGAAUUGUUUAGGCAGAACAGUUAAGUACGUUUUUUAUUCUGCCUCAAAGGCGUUACUAGACCACCAGCAACACACUUCGCAGUUUGUGGAACUCCGGAUUCAGGGUUCGAAGCCCGGCUUCGAAACGGGGGGGGGCGGAGGUCCAUUAUCCUUAAGCGAGGGCGCACCAAGCAAAGACGUUAGUCCGACUCUGUUCUGCGACUUUACGACGUUAUCUCUAACAGGUUCCCGGGAUGGGGUUGGUAAAAGCACAGGAUCUGCCGUUGUGCCUGAUAAUUGCCACUAA